CUGAGCCAGGGGCGGACUGACAACUCAUGGGGCCCCCGGGCAAUAGGGGAUCAUGGGGCCCCUGUGUCCUUGCCCAAACUCAAAAAAGCCUAUGAAAAAGGUACCAGGGGCAUCUCAUGGGGCCCCCUACUGACCCCGGGCCCUCGGGCAUUGCCCGAGUUUCCAAAUGGUCAGUCCGCCCCUGUAUACAAUUAUGUUGUUAGCUGUGACUGGUUAAGGCAGUCACAUGAUACAAACAGGGCCAAUCACAGUUCAUCUGUAUCAUGUGAUCAGCUUUGCCCAAUCACAGCUAAUCAUAACAAAUGAUUGAAU